UGAUCCAGACAAUGUGGCAUUCUGCGUGUUAGCGACUGACGAGGAGUACGAAUGCGACAUUGCCCUCCAGAUUCACUUCACCCUCAUCCAGGCUUUUUGCUUUGACAACGACAUCAACAUCGUGAGGGUGAAUGACAUCGAGUGCCUUGUCGGUAUUGUUGGCACUGACGAGUCGGAGGCACCUAAAGACGCUCACUGUAUUCUUGUCACGAGCCCAAAUGUGGACUCGUGGAAGGAUCCUGCUUUAGACAAACUCCGGCUGUUCUGCGAAGAGAGCUGCGGCAUGUAUGAGUGGGUGCCGACCAUCACCCUCCCCGAGCGCUGAACUGGGCCACUUCUCUACGCUUCUGCAACAGAAGGAGAAGGAACCUAUUCCGAAUCACAGAGUGUGAGGUUCCCAUUCUGAUAGCGGAGGAUGUAAAGCGAACCUCCAGAUUUCGGGGACUCUCUCUGGAAUGCUGUGCUGGCGCUGAAAGAUGAAGAUAGACUGGAUGGGUACAGGAAAGUCGAUGAGGAGUUGACCGGGUCGUGGAUUUUAUAAGAUUAAAGCAAUGGUGUUGGCUUCCCCUGGCAAUGAAGCUAGUUGUUUCUUGGAUGGACUUUCAGACAAAAAUCACUAAGUCAUCUUUGUUAUGCCGUUUGAUACAUAAGCCGCCAGACACGUGGACCAUCCCCGGGGUUUUGCCCAAGGGACGUCCCAUUGUCAGUGAUUGUGAGUCCGAGUCACACUGCUUGGCAGAGUUUGUUGACUUCUAUCUCAACCCGUUGUCCCAGAGACAUCCAAGCUAUGUCAAAGAUGCAUAUGACUUUGUAGCACAGGUGAGAGAUAGUAAGGUCCCAAUGAACACCUUUCUCUUUUCUAUCGACGUAGACUCACUCUAUACCAACAUGGAGACAGAUCGAGGGCUAGCAGCAGUGAAAAAGAUUUUUGCUCAAUAUCCAGAUCCUCAGAGGCCAGACAGACAGGUCUUACAGCUUCUUGAACUCACAUUAACUCGUAAUGACUGAGUUCAAUGGCAACUAUUACCUCCAGACGUGUGGCUGUGCCAUGGGUAGGAAAUACUCACCGGCCUACGCCAACAUUUAUCUGGCCGUCUGGGAGGAAGAGGUUUUUGCCAAGUGUCACCGUAGGCUGCUAGAAUAUCUCAGGUUUCUAGAUGACCUUUUUGGUCUUUGGACCUACUCAGAGCCUGAGUUUCUAGAGUUCAUGGCUGUGCUCAAUAGUCAUCAUCCUAGGAUCAAGCUUAAACACUAACUGCAACAACAUAGUGUAGAAUUUCUGGACACACAGCUCUUUUUCACUGCCCCUGAUCUCUGUGCCUCCACCAAAACAAUAGCCACUAAGGUCUUUUUUAAAGAGACCGACAGACACGCCCUUCUCCAUAA